CUCUGGUGUUUUUCGCUGGAUUUUGUUUUCUCUCUCUCUCUCUCUCUCUCUCUCUCGCUAGGGUUCUUCGCUGGAUUUCAGAUUCGUCGUCUCAGUUUGCCGGAUCUUCGCUUCUAGAGUUGGGUUAGCUUCUGAGGAAUCCGAUACUUGAUAGGGGAAUAUUCUUUUUUCGUUGUCCAUGCUGGCGGAGAGCAUGCGUGGAUUCUGUGCUUUGGGUAAUGCCACAGACGAGUUUUGCUGCUGAUGCACUCAGUGUGGUGACAAUUUGUCUCGUUGCUCUACUAGUCCUCCUCGGUUUAUUUUGCAUCGUAUAUUCCUUCUACUUUCGAAAUAAAAUCCGCAGCCAAGCCCUUGUUCAGCUCAACUACUUCAGCGGCCCUUGGAUUAUCCGAAUCGCGUACAUCUUCUUCGCCACGUGGUGGGGUUUCGGGGAAAUCAUCCGCUUAAAUCUACUAAGACACAACGGAACAUUCUUGAAUGCACUAAGUUCGAAAUGGCAAGAGAAUCUCUGCAAAGGCUACAUAAUCUCGAACCUGGGAUUCGCCGAACCUUGCCUCUUUCUCACUCUAGCUUUCCUCCUCCGCGGUUCGUUGCAAAAAACGGGAGCUCUAAGCCAAAAAUGGAACGCCACAACAUUUGGUUUUGUUCUCCUUUGUUGCUCGCCAAUCUUCAUUCUCCAGCUCGUAAUUAUUUUAGUCGGAUCGAAUUAUGAGGAACACCAAAAGCACAUCCUCAAAUUGCCUUCUUAUUUCAUCAAAUCAGCUAUUAAAAGUGACGAUAUUGCCCUCUGCACUUACCCUUUAUUGAGCACUUCAUUUCUCGGACUUUUCGCCCUUGUGCUAACCAUCUACCUGUGCUGGCUCGGUAGGCGAAUACUUAAUUUGGUGAUCAAUAAGGGCAUGCAGAAAAGAGUGUACACAUUAGUGUUUUCCAUUUCGAGUUUUUUCCCAUUAAGAGUCGUGCUUCUCGGUUUGUCUGUUCUAUCUAAGCCCGAGAGCAGUGUAUUCGAGGCCGUCGUAUUCCUGGCCUUCCUUUCCUUUCUGUGCUGUGCGGGUGUCGGUAUAUGCAUGCUUGUGUACCUUCCAAUUGCCGAUUCUUUAGCUUUGAGAAGCCCGCAAGGGGAUGAUCUAGAAGCUUCUAGAAGCGGUAAUAACGAAUCCGUUUCACUAAUCGCUAACGAGGAAAGUAUGGUGAGUAGUAGCCCAAGAAACUCUGCGCGUGGAUCGAUUUCUUUUCGGACAAAGGAAAUAGAUGAAGGUUCCGGAACUUUUGUGGAACUGAGUUUGUUCAAUCUGAGCCGGGACUCGAGUCCGAUGGGGUCGCCUACUAGGAUUCUUGGCUGGCCUAUGAUCCAUACUCGGGAACCGUAAAUGUGGCAAACAUUUUUGUGGCGAACUCUCAGUGUUUGUAAAUUUAGCAUUUUAAAUAAGGAUUUUUUUUACUAAUUUUGUUUUUGUCUUUGUUUUUUAUGUUUUUUUUUUUUGAGAUAUAGUGGUUUGCUUGUUAUCUAUACCACCUCGUUUUUUUGGUGGCACUUUUAAUGUGUAUUACUUGUUAAAUUUAGUUUCUUGUGACAAUUUUAUAGAUUUGCUGACUAUAAUUAAUGCUGCUUUUUGUUUGUUAUCGUUUCUUGUGUUAUUUCUAUGCGACAUUGGGUGAGGUUACAUCGAAUGAAUAUUUAUCGUUGAUUUACAC